AUGUCCUCACAUGUCGAGUACCGGCGGUACCGAAGAGACGAAAGCUGUACAGAGGAGGGAUGCCGUGCUCGAGAGUACUAUGUAGAAGACGGCAAGAAAUUCUGUCGAAGGGGGCACGAGCAAUUCGGAUUUACACAAGUUGAGCAAGGCGAAGACGAAUGGAAUACCGAGGGGAAAAAGUCACGCAGUAAGAAAGAGAAAAAAGAACGUGCAGAGACUGUCCUCAGCGGCAGUGAAGCCAAAGAGUUGUAUUUGCAAUGCUACCAGCUGAUUCUGUGGAAGCAAUGCCAUUGGCUGGUCACGUCUCGGGGUCUGCCGGAGGAGCUGCAGGUCGUGGUAAAAGACCUGUGGGAACUGAGGACUAGAGUCAUUCAUAUUUCCAGGGACGAUAGGAGCGGCUAUGGCUCUGGGACUGGCACGAUGAUGUUCAGCUCGCAGAGUGAAGGGGAGACCACAGAUACCGAUGCUACUACGCGGCGAGGUCAUGGGUCGCGGAGACGUAGGAAAGGCCUUGGGACGGAGGAACUACUUCCGACGUUGAUCGAAACUCUUGGUUUAUGUUACUUGGGGAUUUUACUUCUCAAGAUGCCCCUCGGACUAGGAGACAUUUACAAGUGGGCUACUCAGGAUGGGAUUCCGUACAAUCGGGCAAUCAAAGAGGUGCCGAGAGAUAUGAGAUCCAAAUUGCCUGCACAUUACCAUUCAGCACUUGAGAUCAGGGCUCCAUUGCGGGGAUCCGCUCUUCACGACUCUGUAUUGGAACUGAUCGAGUUUUAUAAUUCAGAGUUUGCGAUGAGCUUUCCGAGUCUGAACGCCCCAUUGCUCAUAUUCAGAUACCUGAGGGAUCUAUGUCUCCCAGUUGAAAUAUACGCUGCUGUUCGUCGCUUAGCAACACUGCUCGAGAUAGACUUCUCUUAUCCUGCUCAGCGUAGGAAGUCAUACAGAUUCAAUGCCUACCCAGAGAUACAACUUGCUAGCUUAGUCGUGAUAGCCACCAAGCUAGCACAUCCAUUCGAUAACAUUGCGCGGGCUCCAGAGAGCUACUCCGACCCAUCAGCUGUCAGGAUAGAUUGGGCAAGUUGGACUAAGGCCACCGCUACCAACGAGCCCCAAAAAGGGUUCAAAAGAGGCGAUGAGAUCAUGGUCACGGAUACUGACGUUUGGAACAUGAACGCUGAGAAGCUGGACGAUUACCUGGAUUGGUAUCAGAACACGUGGAUUGAUGAUCGAGAGCAGAAGUUCCCGGGGCAAAUCCUCCAGCUCUUCCCACUCGACGACAUAUCCCCGCGGCCGGUGGAAGAAGACACAGAAACAGAGCGACAGGUAGCGCGUCUGAAGGCUGUACAGCGAAGUCUUAUCUGCCAGAGUCCCCAUACCAUUGACGAGAACGAAGAUGUCGAGGGUAUUCGGCGGGCUGGCGAGCUGUACAAGCGGUUUCGAACAGAAGAUGAACUCCCAGGGCCAGCGAGGCUAUUCUUCCAGUUGGCUGCCUCGAAAGCCGGGAUAACCUUGAGGAUGCUGGUAAAAUACGUUUUCCGACUUGAGGUAAAGUUGGAAAAUUUGAGGCUUGGCGAGAGGAGAAGGGAAGCUGCGAAGUCGGAUUGA